GAACGAUAUCACUUGUGGAAAUUUGCAAAUUACCAUGUAUUGUUUUUGUAACUAUUAGAGCUGUUUGGCGGCGCUCGCCUUUCUAGACAUUUGUGAGUUUGGUAGCUUCUUUCGUCGGCACAAGCAGCUGCUCGCUUCAGUCGAAGUCCGCUAGAGAAAGUGUUAACAUCGCUUUCUGCUUGCUGCUCACGUGCGAGUAAUUACUUGAAGACCAUUACACAUUGUUUUUUAAAUUAACGGUUAUUGGCGUCACAUUGUCGCGAGCUUUGUUUAAGUAUCUAAGAAGUGACUAAAUGGGGUUAUACUUAUUCAUCAUUUGUGAAGUGAAAUAGAAACAAAUUUCUAGAUUAAUUAUUAGAAAGCGAAAGGAAAGAUUUAAAACAAACCGAAAAAAAUUCAGAGUCUGCAAUUGCUCAAGGUCAAAGCGGCAUUUAGAAAUCAAACGGAAAUACCUGCCAAUCAUUGCUGAUAACUAGCUGGAAGUAAGCGAUUGCUACAAAAAAAUGCAAAAGGACCUGAAAAUUAUAUUAAGUGGAGUUUGCCUUAUUUUGGCGUUGCAUUGCAGUAAAGCGGAGCCAAAACAGUUGCAGUGUUGGCACUGCAGCUCGGAGACAAUUGGUGCGGAGGACUUCUGUAAAGAGAGCUUCGAUGAGGAUGGUAUUCCCGAUGAGGAGAUGAGGAGGGAACACAAUAUCAAUGUCUUACGCAACUGCAGCAGCACCGCAAAUUCGGAGCAUGAGCAAGCCGUUUGCCGUAAGACAGUUGAAGAGAUCAAUGGCAAAGUGGUCACAAAACGUUUCUGCUAUUACACCAACAAAUCCGACUCGUUGGAUCGCUGCAUGGAAGAGCCAACUGAGAAAAAUGUCGUGCGGAUCUUCUGUCAGGAUUGUCAAAAAGAUCGCUGUAACGGCGUUGGCAAACAGUUUGUCACAUGGCUCAGUCAACUACUGCCACUGUUUAUGGCCAACUCCAUGCGCUUUUAAAUUCUGCAACGUAUGUAUGUAAUUGCGUGGCAGAAGCGAUACUUUGAGUUUUAUACGAUUUUUGUUAGCGUAGUGAAAGUUAGUUUUUUCCAUAAAUUUAGAUAAAAUAUGUUUUUUUAAGAACUACACUUACUUGGUAAGUUUCGCUUGAUACUCAUGUUUCCAUUUAAGUUCUAGUAUAAGAUAGAUUAUUUUCGUAUUAUAUAAACUUUGUGCCAUUGAAUAGCCGUAAGUAUUUAUUUAAUUAAACUGAAUCUAGUAUUAUUUGAGGAAAUGUUGAAAGACAUUUAAGGGGUUAGGUGUAGUCAGAGACACGCAAAAAUUACAAUUUUAAUUUUUGUUUUUUUGGCUGUAAAUUAUUUUAUUUUAAAAAGUAAAAGCAUAGCAUCAUUAAAUAAAGUUUUGGAUUGACUUGACAGAAAUAUGAAAAAAACAUUAAUAAUUUUAAGAGUAAUGACUAAAAAUUCAUCUAGUUAUAAACGAAGCUUCUUGCGGUGACCAUCACUAAUCUAAAAUCAAUCCAAAAAAAGUUAAUUUAUUAAUAGAUAAUCUAGUGCCUUUUUUAAAUUAAGCAAAUGGUGAUCUCAGGAAAUUUUCUUCCAGAUUUUCGGGCAAAAACCAAAAGUUGAUUGUUUAUAAAAAAUCGAAAUUAAAAAAAAUCUUCGAUCAGGCACCAGUUCUUCGUGUUGUUAAAUACAAAACUGUCUAAAUUUAAUUGAAAUCUGCCGAGCGGUUUUGGAGCUUGAGUAGUCACCAGCUCAAAAAACAUAUUUUUGAAAAAAUACGCGAUUGAAGUUUUACACUCUAUUUACGUAAAGUAAUAUGCAUUAUUUAAUAGAUCCAAUAUUCUAGAGCUCCUUUGCUAAUUAUCGAAUAACAGAAGAAUAAGAUAUUAUUCUUUAAGAAAAUAUGAAAAAAUAUUUUAAAAUUCUGACUACUUAUAACCUCUUAAAUAUUUAGGCACUUAACAUACUUUAAAACUUCACUUAACUUAAGUUAAUAAUUUAACUUAACUUAACUUAGCACAAAUAGUUUAUUUUAUGUAAUUUAUUGCAAUAUUUAAAAGUACUUAAUCAUAAACUUGUGUGAAAAACCAUAAAAGCUGAAAUGAAAGCUUUAUUCCAAGCGCGGCUGUGUCCUCGUAGCACAAUGACGACUUGUUACAUUUUUGUUUGAACUAUGCCUUCAAACAAAUUCGUAUCUUUCUUGGAACGCAGUAUCAAAUUUCGAAUUUAAAACAAACCAAAACAAUAAUGAGGAUCGUUAUGAAUUCACACUCACGUUCAAAAAACAUAAAAAAAUGUAUAAAAACUGAUCAAGAAGUAAUUGAAUCUUGAAUCUUUUACAGACAUAAGUAGACAAGUUAUAUGUUGUUGUUAGUCGUAUCCAUAAACAAUAUAUUAGAUAACAAAAAAAAUUUUAAUUGUAUUCAAAAAGUGUUCAUAACUUCACUGCACAUAAUUACCACACACGUGUAUGCACUCCAAUUGAAAAAAAAAUUGCAGAAUUAAAUAAAUCAUAUUCAGCGAUCUGAGAAAUAACGUUCUUUAAAUAAAACGUGUGGUUUUAUUACAAUAA